AUGUUGAAGGGAUUUGUCGACUAUGAGAUUCGCGGCAGACUUCUGUCGCAGUACGUGAGCAGCAUAGAGCUCCAACCGAUCAGAUAUCCAAGCUUAGUUUGCUCAUUGAGUGCUGGAGUUUAGGAGAUGAGAUGUUUGAGGAACACGAUCCACACCAAUUUGAUGUUCACCUAUGUUUUGGCUGACUUCAUGUGGAUACUAUCUCUAACUGUAAAGUCUGGCCCAAGAGUCUCUACCCUAAGUCAGCUGCAUUCUGCUCCUCCAGUCCAUUCCACUCCUAUCAAAGGCUUCUUUGAUUCCUUCUUCCCACCUUUUUCUUGGUCUUUCCUGUGGCUGCCUUCCCUCCCCUCUUACCUCAAAGGGAGCCCUGGCUGUUUUCAGCCAUUCGCAGACAUGUCCAAACCACCUAAAACGGAGGUGGGUUGCCCCUUCGACCUAAUUUCUACCCUCACCGUUGAAAAACAACGUCUCGCAUUUAUAAUGAAUGCCGUUGAAAAUUAA